GUUUCAGGUGUGUGUGGCUGUUGUGGAGCAUUGCGUCCCCGUUACAAGAGGCUUGUUGACAAUAUCUUCCCAGAGGAUCCAGAGGAUGGGCUGGUAAAAACCAACAUGGAGAAGCUGACUUUCUAUGCCCUCUCUGCUCCAGAGAAGCUGGAUCGCAUUGGAGCUUAUCUGUCAGAGAAACUGAUCAGAGAUGUGGGCAGGCACCGAUACGGGUAUGUGUGCAUUGCAAUGGAAGCCUUGGAUCAGCUACUGAUGGCCUGCCACUGCCAGAGCAUCAAUCUCUUUGUGGAGAGCUUCUUGAAGAUGGUGGCCAAGCUGCUGGAAUCAGAGAAGCCUGACCUGCAAAUCCUUGGCACCAAUUCGUUUGUGAAGUUUGCAAACAUUGAAGAAGACACUCCAUCUUAUCACAGGAGCUAUGAUUUCUUCGUCUCUCGCUUCAGUGAAAUGUGCCACUCCAGCCAUGAUGACAUGGAGAUCCGGACAAAGAUUCGGAUGUCUGGCAUCAAAGGACUACAGGGUGUGGUCCGGAAAACAGUUAAUGAUGAGUUGCAGGCAAACAUCUGGGACCCUCAGCAUAUGGACAAGAUUGUGCCUUCAUUGCUCUUCAACCUUCAGCAUGGAGAGGAAGCAGAAAGCCGUUCUCCUUCACCCUUACAAACAACUGAGAAGGAGAAAGAGAACCCAGCAGAGCUGGCUGAACGAUGUUUGCGGGAGCUCCUAGGUCGGGCAGCUUAUGGCAAUAUCAAAAAUGCAAUCAAGCCUGUCCUCAUCCACUUGGAUAACCACUCCCUCUGGGAGCCAAAUACAUUUGCAAUCCGCUGCUUUAAGAUCAUCAUGUACUCUAUCCAGCCACAACAUUCCCAUCUGGUGAUCCAGCAGCUCCUGAGCCAUUUGGAUGCCAAUAGCAAAAGUGCUGCCACUGUCCGGGCUGGGAUAGUGGAGGUCCUCUCGGAGGCAGCCAUCAUUGCAGCCUCUGGAUCUGUUGGACCAACUGUGCUGGAGGUGUUCAACACCCUCCUAAGGCAGCUGCGGCUGAGCAUUGAUUACGCCUUGACGGGUAGCUAUGAUUGUGUCAUUGCUGGUGGCACCAAGAUCAUCAAGGAGCAUGAAGAAAGAAUGUUCCAGGAGGCCAUAAUCAAGACCACAGGUUCUUUUGCCAGCACUCUGCCUACCUAUCAGAGGUCGGAGGUCAUGCUGUUUAUCAUGAGCAAAGUUCCGCUUCCUUCUCUGCAUCACCCUGUAGACAUGGGCAAAGCUGGGGAGAACAGGAAUCGAUUGACGCAGAUCAUGUUGCUGAAGUCUCUCCUGCAGGUUUCCACUGGUUUCCAGUGCAGUAACAUGCUCACAGCCCUCCCCAGCUCCUUCCUGGACAGGCUCUUGUCAGCCACACUAAUGGAGGAUGCAGAGAUUCGCCUCUUUGUCCUGCAGAUUCUCAUCAGCUUCAUUGACCGCCAUGGGAAUAAGCACAAAUUCCAGACAAUCAGCACUAUCAGUGAUAUCUCCAUCCUGAAGCUGAAAGUGGACAAAUGUUCACGCCAAGACACUGUGUUCAUGAAAAAGCACUCCCAGCAGCUGUAUCGACACAUGUAUUUGACUUGCAAAGAAGAGAAUAAUGGGCGUGCUCACUAUGAGGUCCUCUACAGUCUGCUGGCACUCAUCAGCAUUGAGCUGGCCAAUGAGGAGGUGGUAGUGGACCUCAUCCGUUUGGUUCUGGCCAUACAGGUAUGUGUUAUAGAGAUGAGGAAAAAGGAGGCUCCCUACUUGCUCCCUGAAGGUGUCUUUGUAGAGAAACCCAGGCUGUCACGGAACCUGGAUCACCUUGGCCCCGAGAUCCUCUUCCGGCAGAGCAAGAUCAGUGAAGUGCUGGGUGGGAGCGGCUACAAUUCAGAUAGGCUCAGCACACCUUACAUCCCACAGCUGACAGAUGAAGACAGACUGUCUAAGAGGAGGAGUAUUGGAGAGACCAUCUCUCUGCAAGUUGAAGUGGAAUCCAGGAAUAGCCCAGAGAAAGAGGAGAGAGCACCAGCUGAAGAGAUCACUUAUGAAACUCUCAAGAAAGCAAUUGUAGAUAGCGUUGCUGUAGAGGAACAAGAGAGGGAAAGGAGACGACAGGUGGUUGAAAAAUUCCAGAAAGCUCCCUUUGAAGAGAUCGCAGCACACUGUGGGGCCCGGGCAACUCUACUACAGAGCAAGCUGAACCAGAUCUUUGAGAUUACAAUACGUCCCCCUCCCAGUCCCUCUGGCACCAUCACAGCUGCUUACGGCCAGUCGCAGAACCAUUCCAUCCCAGUGUAUGAGAUGAAGUUCCCAGAUCUGUGUGUGUACUGAGAGCCAGACUGCAUGCCAGGACGAGGCUGAGCAACAGAUCCUCCAGGACCACAUUGAAUGCUAUCAUGCUGUCUUCACAAGCUGCAGGGAGCUCAAGGGGCCAGGGAGCAGCCACUCAACGUCUCUUUCAAGCAGGAGGGGCGGAGGCUUCCCUUAGAGUCCACUCACCUGUACUUGAUUUCUCUUCCUUCUUCGUGCUCAAUCCAUGUUCAGUCAUGGCAAAAGCCACAAAGUGUGUCCCCAGAGCCUUUUAUUGACUGUGGGAAAAGGUAGCAAUCUGUUUUGCUUCCUUUUUCUAGGAGCUGUUUUAAUAGUGUUGAAGGAUUGAAUGUUUUCUCUCUCUGGUAAAAGCGUGUGUUGAUAAUCCAUGA